AUUACCGACUAUUCCUAGGUUUAUUUCAGGCACGUGUACGGCAAUUAUCAAAACAUUCGAUACGAAAUGUUUUAUAGGUUAUGUGUAAUUUAUUAUUUCUUCAGACAUAUCGAACGUCAUUGCUGCGACAUAUAAAAGCGAAUUUAGAAAAAAGCUUAUAAUAAAUAACCGUGUAGUAUAAUAAUUACUAUAAACCAGAAGUUUAUAAAAAACAGCUAAAAUGGCAAAGUCACGCAUUACGAAUAAAGCUCCGAGAAAAGAGGGAUUCAAUCGUUCAGGUCACAGUAUGAAUCCUGAACGACCCACGGAAGGGCUAAAAGGCGUAGCUAAAGUUCGAUCGAAAGCAACGAUUAAAAGACUACAAAUGUAUCGUAAUCAAAAGCCCAAGCGUGAUCGUACAGGUAAAAUAAUUAGUCCAGCUCCAUUCCAAGGCUGGCAAGCGUCUGGUACUAUGACUCGCGUGGAACCUUCGCAAAGGUGGUUUGGUAAUUCAAGAGUGAUCUCCCAGAAUGCUUUGCAAAAAUUUCAAGACGAAUUAGGGAAAGCUAUGAAAGAUCCUUAUAAUGUUGUUAUGAAACCUAGUCAAUUACCAGUAACUCUACUUCAACAAAAGGCUGCAAACGCAAGGGUACAUUUAUUGGAUACAGAAAGUUUUGAUAGUGUCUUUGGUCCAAAGAAAAUACGGAAAAGACCGAAUUUAACAACGUCAACGUACGACGAGUUACAGAAAUUAGUAGAACAGAAAGAGGAAGUGUAUGAUAGGGAAAAGGAUUCUAAAGAUCUUGAUCUGGUACGUCCUGAUACAGGUGUAAGAGAUUUACAAAGAGACUGGGUUAUGGCAGCGGGACAGAGUAAGAGAAUUUGGAAUGAAUUAUAUAAAGUUAUUGAUUCUUCUGAUGUUAUUUUACAAGUAUUAGAUGCCAGAGAUCCAUUAGGAACUAGAUCUCCUCCGGUAGAAAAAUAUCUUAAAACUGAAAAACCUCAUAAGCAUUUAAUGUUCAUUUUAAAUAAAGUAGAUCUUGUACCAACAUGGGUUACACAAAGAUGGGUUGCAAUUUUGAGUGCAGAGUAUCCAACGGUGGCGUUUCACGCUUCGUUGACGCAUCCGUUUGGCAAAGGUUCCCUAAUAAAUUUAUUACGUCAGUUUGCGAAAUUACAUAUGGACAAAAAGCAAAUUAGUGUAGGUUUUAUAGGGUAUCCCAAUACAGGAAAAAGUUCAAUUAUAAAUACAUUGAAAUCAAAGAAGGUGUGUAAGGUUGCACCGAUAGCAGGUGAAACGAAAGUAUGGCAAUACAUUACUUUGAUGCGUCGUAUUUAUUUAAUAGACUGUCCAGGUGUAGUUUAUCCAUCGGCAGAAACCGAUACAGAAAAAGUUUUGAAAGGUGUAGUAAGAGUAGAACUUGUCCAAAAUCCAGAAGACUAUAUCGAGGAUGUUUUAUCGCGAGUAAAAGCAGAAUAUAUACGCAAAACUUAUAAAAUUAUGGAAUGGGAAGAUCACAUUGAUUUCUUAGAGAAAUUGGCUCGUAGAAGCGGAAAAUUGUUGAAGAAAGGGGAACCAGAUAUAUCCAUCGUUUCGCGGAUGGUUUUAAAUGAUUGGCAGCGUGGAAAAUUACCUUUCUAUGUAGCCCCUCCUGGUUUCGAAGAACCAUUAUCAAAUGCUACGAUUAUUAACGAGUCUCCUGUCGAAAAUGGUAACAUGGAACACGAAAAUAACGAUGCUAAUACAGAAAACACUGAAACUGUACAGAGCAAAGAACCAAAAAAGGUUCAGCUAGCUGUGAUACAGGAUUUUCGAAAAAUAAGGGUUGGUUUACCAUAUUCAAACGAGGAUAUUAGAAAUGACUUAAACUGUAACGAAUCUGUAGAUAAGGAAAAUAAAGAUAGAAUGGAAAGUAGUUUAGUUUUAGAUGAUAGUGUUAUCGAUGAAACUGAAGGCAAAUGUAAUAUCGAAGUUGACGAAGUAUUAUCAACGGAAAACAAAGAAAACGAUGAAAGUAAUAAAAGUUUGGAGGACGAGGAUAACGGAGAAAGACAAUCUUCUGAUGAUGAGAGUCGUCUCUCAUUAAAAAAGGAUACUUUGUUACAAAGUGCAUACGAUAUUAUAGAGGAGGACUAUGAUUCUAGCAGUAGCGAAACGUUUAACGCAAAUACUGUAUCGAGUAGUGGCGCGUUCAAAAUUUCCUCUGUAUCUUUCAAAACAGAGGAAUCUUUGAAAAGCAAAAAGAAAUUGACGAGUAAACAACGUCGAGCUAUAGAAAGAGCUAAUAAACGAAAGAAAAUUGGUAGCAAUUUUUACGAAGUUUCUAACGUGAAAAAUAGAAAUAGGAAUAGGAAAGUUCCAAAAAUCAAGAGAAAAUAGUUUACAAAUGUAUACAAAAAUUUCGACACUGCGUAUGUAAUCGUAUCGAAAAAAUAUAGACUUUAUUUAUACAAAUUAUUAUACAUGAACUCGUUUUAUUUAUUUGUAUUAUAUUUCUACAA